AUGGAUCCUUCUGUCGCACAUCGCCCAUGGGAGGCGGUUUCAGGGCCUCAGUCGACUGCAGGCUCAACGCAAACCCUCCCCUCUAUCUCCACCCUCACCGCGAAUAUGCCUGGUACCGGAGCCCCCGCGGAGAAAUCCCCCGGGAACGCCUCACUGAACACGAUUGAGCGUGACUCGGGGAAUUGGUCAAUGCCGCAAAGCACAACUUCAUCUCCGCGUCGCAACCCUCCCCGAAUCGCGGACACCCGGCUGUCGACCGAUCCCCUUACCCCCCACGAUCAAUCCACCACUCCUUCCUCCGCUGGCACUCAACAGCCCUCUCCAAAUUUCAGCCAGCCCAAUUCCACCCUCCCCUCCAUCAACCAGAACUACGAAGCCCCCUCCCAACGAGCGAGUGUGGCAGAGACCGAAUCCCGGCGCAGCAGUGUCGACAGUCGCAUGAACCAAGGGAUCAGUGCUCUGGCUAUCAACCCAGCCUCACCUUACCACAGCACCAAUGCCUCCCAAUCGUCGAUCGUUUCCAGUCUGCAAAGGGAACGAGGGAUUCCGACCGACAUGAAUUCAUACCGGGGACCUCGGUACUCAGGAGGCAGCCAGCCACUCUCUCCAUUGGGCCCUCGUGCAACCGACCAACAGCGGAGUUUCGCAGCCGGUCGCACUGCUCCGGCCAUUUCCUCGAAUCCUCGGUCGGAGAUUUACAACGCUGAAGCCCCCACGGCAGGUAUGGCAUAUGCCUUCCCGGACCCGGACAUGGCGCGUUCAAGCUCCGUCUCCUCGAAGGGAGAGUCCAACCCACCGUUCUCUCGGAAAGGCAGCAUGGCGGAGUCUAUGAACAGCAUGUACUCGGAACGGAUGCCACGAGGACAACACGACCUACCCCAAAAUGUACACCACCACCACUCCCUCCAACACAAGGCCGUGCGAGAGUUGAUCGGCGAAGAAGACGGACCGCCCGGCAGCACCCCGUACAGCCGCACGCCCGAACUACGCGUAACGCACAAACUCGCCGAGCGCAAACGACGCAGCGAAAUGAAAGACUGCUUCGAAGCGCUCCGGCUGCGUCUACCACCGGGCCAAACCAACAAAUCCAGCAAAUGGGAAACGCUCACACGGGCAAUUGAUUAUAUAGCUAUGCUGGAGAAAACCGUUGCCCAGUCGCAGCGCGACCGGGCUGUCAUGCAUGGGUUCGGCAAUGGCGUUACUCCAGAGCAGCCACGCACGUUACCGCCCCUUAUGAAUGGCUCUAGUGCGCCUAUGCAGGGCAUUGAGUAUGAGCGGCGGUAG